UCGAGUGUGUUGCACGCAUACGCGCGUUCGUGGCCAAAGCAAAUGCAAGCGAAAUUAAUUUUGUUUCAAAAAUGCAAAAAAUUAAAUUAAGUAACAGCAAUAAUCGCUGGUAUAAUUGUUGCUAGUGAAGUUGUGAUUUUCCAAAAAAAAUAUGUUCGGCAUUAACGUUGAGUUUGUGUAGUGACAGCCUAAAAGCAUGCAGCAAGCUUGCAAAAUACUUGUGGCCCAAGCAGAACUCAAAAUCUGGAGCUUGCUUAACGCCUGUAUUUGUGUGUAAGUGGGACUUAAAAAAGUUGCUUAUAUCAGCUUUGGUGCUGUUGCAACUUUGGGGCGUUAAAUUCUGUUGCCUACAAGUAGGCGCAAUAAGAUAAAUGACAUCUAGGCAUGAUUUCGCCAAGCCAGUGUUGCCUCAGCAUGGCUGCACAGCUGAAGUAAAUAAAUGAGAUUACAGUCAUCACCAGUGUUGGCAGGUGAAAUAGCGAGGGAAACACAGGAAACAAAACAAAAAAGUAAGGAACAGCGAAAGCCAAAAUUUUAUGCGAGCAAAGUAAAAAGUAGAGCAGGUUGCUCACGACAUUGAUAUAAAUUGAGUGCCAUUUAUGCUUGAAGUGAAAUAUUAUCUGAAAUAAGUAAGUGUUAUAAAUGGUGUGGCAUAUUUUUAGGCGCCCAACAGCAUAACUGACAGGCAAAGCCGUGAGCAGAACAAAAGUAGACAAUCAAAAUUUGAAGUUGAGCAGUUUUGCCAAACUAAUGGUGUAUAUUAUUUGCUAAUUGAAUGCACAAGAAGUGCGUGGAUAGUGGUUUUAAUUGAUAUUGACGACAGUAGUGCCUGCAUACAUUAAGUGUUGGCGCUGAAAAGUAUGCAAUAACAAAUGUGAGUAUGAAAGCGAGUUGUGAAAAGUGUCGCAAAUACUGAAUGUGUGGAAAUAUUAAAGGAAAUAAAUUGAAUAAUUUGCAUUUUAAGGCGGCGAUGCGUUAAGGAGCGCAAGCACGAAGCAAGUGGAAAAACAUAAAGAGAAAAUAAUUGCUCUAAUAAGUGUUCAUGAAGAAAAUUUAUGCUGUGUCAUGUUGAUGGAUGACCAUACAGAUCGUGUAGGUGUUGUUGCAUGUGCCAUUGGACCAAACGUUAUUACCAUAUAAUGCGCUACAACAACAAGUGUGGUUUUGAAAGUGCCAAGGGGUUUUAAGAAUAGAAAACAACGCAACUGAGUGAACGUAAAAAAUUUGUUUUAUAAAAAAUCAGCUGUUAAAGUUACUUUUUUAACAGAGUUAUAAAUGUAAGCCAAGAAAGCGCAGAAAGAAACCGCGAGUACUAAAAGAAAUUCAAUUUGACCCAUUUGCAGAUUGUCGCGUAAACACUGUAACGCGCUGAAACGCGGUUAAACCGCCAUUAAAAGAACAAUUCCCUGUUUGUGAGCAAGAAGUGCAAAAAAUACACAGAAAAGAAGCGGCAGUCACGGGGAAAAGCUGCAAAAAAUUGUGAAAGAGCGAAAUCUCGUCAACAGUAGCAAAAGCAAAAAUUACACCUACACCAGGCACUCAAUGGCAGCAGCAAAAGCGGCGAGCGCUUGAAGUCGAGUUAAGUGUUUACUGCGCGCCCGGAGGUAGGCAACGAAUCGCGUGGCGUGGCAGCUGAGAAACGGCGAGUGAGUGGUUUGGGGAGCGCUACCAACCAGCCAAACAGUCUACAAUUCAAGCUUCGUCUGCCCGCCUGGCUGUCUGCUUGACUGCCCACCGCGUCUCCACUUGGUCGCUAGCCAGCUAGCAAUUCGCUCGACCCAACAAAGCGAACAAAACGAAUGAAGUGAGCAGAGAAAACAUUUAGGAAAAGCGAGAAAGUGAGAAAAAGGAAAAGCAUUUUGGGUUAUUAGUCCCGUGAGUGUUUUUUAAAAAGACCAUUUUUCUGGUAUUUCACUGGCACUAAUUUGAUGAAAUCUUUAGUUGGCAUUUUUGAAGCAACCCCCGCGGCCUGUGUAAGCCACUGUGACUGCUGCGGCUGUCAGAUUUGAUGUUGGCAUUUUUUUUGUUUUUGUAAAAUCGGAAAUUGUGGCCAUCGCGCCGAGUCAUCGUAUUAGCGGUGGCACGGCUGUUGGGGGAAAACGAAAACAUUGUUAUGAUUGUCGAAAAUGUGCACAAAUAUUAGAGCGAAAUUGAAAAAUCAGCACACUGAAGGUGGGGUGGUGCCUGGCCCUAGGGGAUACGCAUAAGCGAAGCGCUGAUAAACGCUUGAAAUACUUGCUCGCGGCGCUAAAGACUAUUGGGGGACGUGUGCCGAGGCUGGCACAAGCGACGUGCGCUUGUUGUUGUGCGCGCGCGUGUUUUUCAAUUUGCUCAAAAACUCCCUGCCAAUCGUCUAACGGCAACGAAUAAUCUACGGAAACAACGCGGCAACGCUUGGACGCCUGCUCGUUCGCCGCCUAUAAAUUCAUUGCAAUUAAGCAGGAACCUUGAUAGUGGCAGUGUCUCGGCGGAAGCGGCCACGGGUGACAAGGUGAAACUGCAAUUAGCAUCAAAUCAAACCUUUCACACACACACAUACACACGCGCUCGCGAAUUGCGCCGCGCGCCACAAUGAGUUCUUCGGGUGCGCUGCGCGUGGGUGGCGCGUUCAGCUCCGGUCUGCAGCUAUUGCUCCUCCUGGCAGCUAUACAAGAGUCGCUGAGCUCCUACUCGACCACAACUUCAACGACGACGGUGUCGCCAGCGAACCUGCUGCCCUACUUCGACUUCGAUGUGCCGCGCAACUUGACGGUGACGGUCGGUCAGACGGGUUUCCUGCAUUGUCGCGUCGAGCGUUUGGGUGAUAAGGAUGUCUCCUGGAUAAGAAAGCGUGACUUACACAUCUUAACAGCUGGCUCAACGACCUACACGUCAGAUCAGCGAUUUCAGGUGAUACGACCUGAGAAUUCGGGCAACUGGACACUACAAAUCAAAUAUCCGCAGCAGCGUGACUCUGGCAUCUACGAAUGCCAGAUCAACACAGAGCCGAAAAUGUCGCUCUCAUACACGUUCAAUGUGAUCGAGCUCAAAGCCAACAUAAUCGGGCCAACGGAUUUGUAUGUGAAAAGCGGCAGCGAUAUAAAUCUAACGUGCCGCAUCAUGCAGGGGCCGCACGAGUUGGGCAACAUAUUCUGGUACAAAGGCACAGAAAUCAUCGAUAUGUCAGCGAAUCUAAAUGAGAUCGACAGCGUGACGCGGAUUAGUGUCGACAACGAUUGGACAGAUGGAUUGACAUCAAGAUUGAAAAUACGCCGUGCCAUGCCCUCUGAUACCGGCAACUAUACGUGCGUGCCAACGAUAGCGAAGUCAUCCUCGGUUUAUGUGCACGUCAUAAUAGGUGAGCACCCCGCCGCCAUGCAACACAACUCGAGCAGCAUGUACAGCGGAAAUUUCUACUGUAGCAUUUGUUGCAUGCUCUUCACCAUUUUCACUUGCUGUUUGCAACACUUCCUCGCAACAACAACAGCGGCUGCAACACUACUCACGGUGGCAACCAGAGGCAACAGCAAAUGCAGCAGAAGUAAUAACAACAACAAUAACGACGGCGACGGCGACGGCGGCGGAAGUGAGUGUAAAACUUCAACGUCAGCAGCACGGAGCACAGCUCGGGCCAACGACGUCGGCAGGUGCGUGAGUAUAGGGAGCUGCCAGAGGCGCCACUACCAAAGACACAGCCGUAGCCGCAGCUGCAGCCGCAGCCCGAGCCGCAUUAACACUAGUGGCGCAACCGCAAGAAGUUCGCAUGCAACACGCGCACUCAGCGAAAUUACGAGAUGAAGAUGAAGCUGAGACCGAGCACAAACAAUUAUACUGCUAUUCGCACAUACACACACAAACACAUCUAUACAAUGCAUAUACACCAACACAUGUACAGCCUGCGCGCUAAAUGAAGUAGUUGACGCAACAGUUGUGCCACGCUGAAGGGCCGCACAGGCGUUGAGUCGCCGCAAAUGGAAUUGGGCGCAGGGCUGGAGCAGCAAAAGGCGCUUUGCGGGGCGCGGGAGCAUGCAGAAGGGCGUAAACACAUUAAAGUUAAAACACUCACGCACUCAAGCGCCGCAACCAGCUCGGUUGCCGCAAGAGACCAGGCGCAGCUGGUGAUUAAAUGGCGAGCGCUGCGCUUGUGUGUGUGGGGGUAUGCGCGCCGCCCACCACCCGACAACACAUUAAGCAAACACCAGCAAUUUUAGCGAAUAAGCGCGAGUCUCUAGUCGCGCUCUUUGCGACCUGCAUUCGAAUUACUUGUGGCGCUUCCGCCCUCUGGCUUGCGCCCAGCUAGAGUGCUAGGCGCGUUAGUGCCGCGUCAGCAUAUACGACCAGUUUACUGCCGACUUGAGCGUAACUUCGCGCCUUGCCCAGCCGUGCCACGUUACCACAUUGCCACAUUUUUCUCAUUGAACGCACACGCUCGCUGUACGGCCAUUUGGGUUAGAAAUUUUUACGAAAUUACUUUUACUUUCCUACGAGCACACACAUACAUUCACUCACACUAAUGGAAGACGUACUACUGAUAAACUGAUAACUUAAGCUGUGGAUGAACAUAAGACACACACACACGCACGCAACCUUAGAAAUACAUACAUAUAUUGAGAUAUUUCCAGAAAAUAAAUAACUGUAGUGAAAUUUAAGACAAACACUUGUAGUGAAAAUAAUAAUUAUAGUAAAACAAGAAGAGAGGAAAAACAAAAAUCAUAGCGAAUAAGCCAUCAACUGUAACUGAGGACUCUAUCACACACACACACAUAUAUAUAUGUAUAAAUAGUAUAACUUAAUACCAAGCGCCAACCUCUUGAAGGUCUGCAAUUGAAUUGCUCUCUCUGAGGCUGGCACAUUAAUAAGGUAACCUUAUAAUGUAAGACUUAAUAGCCAUAGUUGAAAUUGUUACUGUAUGCGUAAUCACUUUUCGUAUGUGUGUGGGACUUGUGUAUGCAUGUAAAUAUUGACCCUGCGCAGCAAUAUACACUGAUUCAAAUAGAGCUUAACUAGUGCUAGUUUUUCACUUAAUCUCAUAUAUUUACGGUUAUACACAUAAGCUACAAUUUCAAAAUCUUUCAAUUUGAUUUUAUCUAAUGAAAGUGUUAAAAAUGGAGUUCCUAUCGUUAUUCAUACUGCCUGCUUGGAGUGUUCACGAAUAUUCUUCCACAGUUUCCUCCCUGUAACAGCAAUCAAAGAGAUUUCUCUGAAUAUCAUGACUUCAGCAAAUUGUUGUAAAAAAUCUGGAAAGCAUGUUUCGAGAAUUUUUUGGUAAGAAGAAUUACAAUUUUAAGGGAUCGAUCGUCUCAGUGUGACCCAUCUAAAAAUCACUGGUUUUCGAGAUUUUUUUGAUGAUGAAAUUGACUAAUCUGUUCGAUUUUUUUUAUAAACAAAUACAUUCAUGGCGAAUACAAAAUUAUUUUUUUAUGUUUAUUUUUUGGGUAUAGAAAAGUUAAAAAAAUUUUUGAAAUGACACGUUGAAAAGGGUCCUGUACGAUGUUCACGAUUGCGGGCGCAAUUUAGGUCUAAAACAAAAAUUUCCAAAAGAUAAUUAGUCAGCAGGAAAAACUCUAUGGAAGCUUUUCGAAAAUUUCACACCAAGACUAUUUCUUAAGUGUCACCCCAGGACAUUCAUCCACAUCAGCAAAAACAGCAUUUUUCCUAUUGAUUAAAAAAACUUAGCGAAGGUCACAUAGAACAUCACUUUUAAAAUGGUUGAUGUAUGAAUGAUACAGUUAGUUAAUUCUUCAUUUAUGACGGAAAAAUAAUUUGUAAAUUUGAAACCUUGUAAAACAUCUCCGUCACGUAUACUGGCAGCUCAAUAAUUUUAGAACGGGAAGCGGUAGAGUCUCUUACCAAACGUUGUGCUCUGGCUUUACGAAACCGUAUUUAAGCCAAUUCUGUUCUAUUAUGUAUUUGUCUAGUGGAGCGUGCUCGGUAAAUCCACACUCGCUAAACUGCUUUCACUUCGAAGCAGCUCUGAUCACUUGAUCGUCUAUUACUAGUGGUAUCUUUUUCGUGCACAUACCUCCGAGAGAUUCGUAAGUCGACUGAUUUACUGAGAAGAGGCGCAGUGAGCUUUUUCACGGAUCAACCGAAGCUCAAAGGAAAGAUUGGUGGGAAGACUUCUAUCGGGUCUCAAUCAACUAUUGUUUCAGUGUGAUAGACCCCUUUAGUGUCCUUCAAUUAGAAGUGGCGGUCAUCAAGGUAGCAGCAGAAGCACUUCUUUCAAGUACGACUUCUUUUUAAGGAGGCAUGCAUCCACUCCGACCGAAGAGUCGCUAUACAGGCCUUGAGCUCGCUGACGGAAUCAAUCUUUCGCCAGAUUAUGGUUGUCGCAACUUUCCACGAGCUCGGCGAUUUGGUUAGAGCAGAUAUUCGUCUUCUUCUUCUUUGUUGUCCUUCUUACGACUGUCUGGCGCCGAUUUGAGAUUCCAAUUGUAGUCAGGUGCUUCUCCACCUGGUCUUUCUAACGGUGUCGAGGUCUUGCUCUUCCUCUGCUUGCCUCGGUGCCAAAGCUGGAGUGUUUCCAUCCAUUCGGAUAACAUGACCUUGCCAGCGUAGCCGCUGUCUCCUAAUUCGCUGAACUACUAUAUGAAUGACGUCGUAUAUCUCGUACAGUUUAUCGUAGCAUAGACUGAGGUAUUUUCUAUUGCUAAUGUGCAAAAGACCAUAAAUCUUCCACAUAACCUUUCUCUCGAAAACUCGUAACGUCGACUCAUCAGAUGUUGUCAUUGUCCAUGCCUCUGCACCAUAUAAUGAGUGACUUAUAAAGUUAUAGUAUAUCAAAAUCAUCGGCAUACGCCAGCAGCUGUACAUUCUUAUAGAAGAUUGUACCUUCUUUAUUCAGCUCUGCA